CCCCCUCCUAAAGAACACACAACCAUACUGCGCAGCUAAAAAGAAGUGAGAACUGUUUGUUGUUCUUCUUCUUCAUCGGUAGAUUGAUUCAGUUCUUAAUACUCAACACGCGCUGUAUCUUACAAGUUCUGUUUUAUUCAGUUCUUCUGCAUCUUACCAAAUAACCAUAAAAAAAAAGGUUCGUUUAACACUCUCUUUCUUAAUUUUUUCUUUGAAUUUCAUUUAUUAAACAAAACAAUGAGUUCUCACAAGAUCCUUUUGAGUGUUUUCAACAAAACUGUUUCCUUUCCUUCAAAACAACACCAACCAAAUGAAAUUGUUCAUAAAAUUACUCAAAUCCUCGUUAAUUAUUCCAAAACCAGUAAUAAUCCUGAUCUUCAUUCAAUUAUCUCCUGCAUCACUCCCCAUGUUACUUAUCGUGUUCUCUCUCAACCUAUUCUCCAACCUCACUCUUGCCUAGCCUUUUUCCAUUUCCUCAAAACCCAACAUUCCAACAUUUCACUUAAACCUGACCUCAAGGCUCAUUUGAUUCUCAUUUCUCGACUUUUCGAAGCUCGGAAAUUUGCUACCAUGAAGAGUAUUUUAAAUGGUUUGGUUACUGAUUCAGAUAUUGAAUGCCCCGUUUCGAGUAUUGUUGAUUUGGUUGAUGAAUUUGAGUCACAUUUUGUUGAGAAGUUUUGUGAUAUGUUGUUUAGGGUUUGUUCUGAUAAUAGGUUGUUUGAUGAGACGAUUAGGGUUUAUGAUUAUGUGGAGGAAAAAGGGUUGGUGAUAGAGGAGAGAUCUUGUUUUGUGCUUUUGCUUGCUUUGAAGAGAUGUGGCGAGGUUGAUUUUUGUGUUAGGUUUUUCCAUCGGAUGGUUGAGUCGAAUAAAUUUGAAAUUAGGGUUCAGUCUUUGACGCUUGUGAUUGAUGUGUUGUGUCGGAGAGGAGAGGUUGAGAAAGCUAAGGAGUUGAUGGAUGAGAUGGUGGGGAAAGGUAUUGUGAAACCGAAUGUGUUUACUUACAAUACACUGUUGAAUGCGUAUGUUGGGAGAAAGGAUCGAAAGGGAGUUGAUGAGAUAUUGAAGUUGAUGGAGAAGGAACAAGUUGUUUUUAGUGUGGCUACUUAUAGUAUUUUGAUUCAGUGGUAUUCGAGUUCUGGUGAUAUUGAGGAAGCUGAGAAGAUAUUCGAGGAAAUGCGUGAAAAAAAUAUAGAAAUGGAUGUUUAUGUUUAUUCGUCGAUGAUAAGUUGGAGUUGUAGGUUAGGAAAUAUGAAACGGGCUUUUGCUUUGUUUGACGAGAUGAGUCAGAGAGACAUUGUUCCUAAUGCGCAUACGUAUGGUGCCUUGAUUGGUGGAGUGUGCAAGGCAGGUCAAAUGGAAGCUGCUGAAAUCUUGUUGUUAGAGAUGCAAAGUAAGGGAGUUGACCUAAAUCUAGUGAUAUUUAACACAACGAUGGAUGGUUACUGCAGACGAGGAAAGAUGGAUGAAGCUUUGAGGCUGCAAGCGAUCAUGGAAAAAAAAGGAAUCAACGCAGAUGUGUUUACAUACAACAUUCUUGCAAAUGGGCUAUGUAAAUUGCACAGGUAUGAUGAAGCAAAGUGUAUUUUAAAUUCAAUGGUAGAGAAAGGUGUUAAACCAAAUGUUGUGACUUUUACUAUGUUUAUCGAGAUAUACUGCAAGGAAGGAAACCUUGCUGAAGCUGAGAGGUUAUUUAGGGAUAUGGAGAAAAAGGGAGAAGUGCCAAACAUUAUUACAUAUAACACUCUGAUCGAUGCGUAUUGCAAGAAAGAAAAAGUGAAGCAAGCACAUAAGAUAAAAUCUGAAAUGAUAAACAAGGGGUUAUUGCCAGAUUUAUAUACAUACUCAUCACUAAUACAUGGGGAAUGUAUUGUUGGCAGGGUAGAUGAGGCACUUAAACUUUUCAAUGAAAUGAGGUUAAAGGGUAUAACCAGAAAUGUUGCGACAUAUACAUCAAUGAUAUCAGGUUUAUCCAAAGAGGGGAGAGCGGAUGAAGCUUUUAAGCUGUAUGAUGAGAUGAUGAAAAUCGGCCUUAUACCUGAUGAUAGAGUUUUCACUUCACUUGUUGGCAGUUUUCACAAACCCCUCACUCAUGCUGGUCUAGAGCAAACAUGAAUAGGAGAAACAAAAUUAUAUACUUCUGGUAGCUUAGUAGGGUUGAAUUUUUGUCUGUCAAAUGCACGCGGGAAGGAAGGAAAGAAAAUGGUGGGUAAUAGUGUGAGAGAAUGAUGAUUUUCUCCUUGAAGUUCAAGCUAGAAGACCUGUGUUGAGGGGAAAAUUGAUCUAUAACAGUACCCAAUUAGAGCUUGGAAAUGAGGAAAAUGUGCAAAUAUUCUGGCCUUGGUAAGCAUCCAGAAGGCGUCAGAUUCAGACUCAGUUCUGCGAAGGGCUGAAUAGCUAUGCGACUAUGGGAGCUCAGUGAAGGUUUUGUUGACUAAGCAUUGCUGAUAUUGAAGGAAAACUGUUGUACAUGGCCAUUGAUUUCUGCUGAACAUGAUGGACAGGUUUCAUUUUUACCUCGCAAUUGGUUUCCACCCACUUGCAUAUGUCAGAGUGUUUGUUUUAAAUAUCAGUUGCAAAAACUAUAUAUUAUAAUAGAUUCUACAUCACAAUAUUUCUAUUUGUCAUGCCACCUUUUUUUUACUGAGAUUUGACCUUUAAAGGAAUUCAUGCUUGAUCUUUUUUCAUCUAUUAACUAUUCCUUUGAAUUAUCGGUGAAAUAUGUUUAGACGCACUAAGUGCAGUCGGCUGAAAAUUGUAUUGUGCAAGGAAGGCGACCCGUGUUUGAGACUUUGUAUAAAGGGAAAAUUAUCAAAAGGGAGUGGUAAUAACACUGGUUCGCAAGGGAGAAGGGGAAUGAAUCAUGGGUGGUUAUGGCCCGAGGUGACUCAAAGGAGUAUUAUGUUGUUUAAUUUACAGGCUGUUUACUUGUGUUGCUCGGGUUCUUGAAUUAUUCUGUCUAAACAAAUUGUUGUUUGAAUAGGUAAACAUGUUUAGACUGGGAUUCCCUUUCAAAGUGUUGUUAGUCAUACAUAGAAGAAAAUAGAGGUUUGCUCAAAUUCCACCUUUAUAGCGUAGCUAUAGUCAUUAUUUGACAACACUUUAUUCUAAAUAGUGUAUCACAGAAUAAUAGCUACUUUGUCGAAUUCUGCUACGACAUAGUUGCUAUUUGAUAACACUGUCUUCUAGUUGGAAAGUCUCGCAUUGGCCACAAUUAUACAUUUUGGGUUGUGUGGUCAAUGUUGCGUUGGAUGUGUUAAAACUACACACGAUAGGAUAACAUUAGAGAGAGAUUUGGGGUAGCAUCUAUAGUAGAAAAGAUUGUGGAAACUUGGCUUAGGUGGUUUGUGCACAUAAAGAGAAUACCUGUAUAUUUUGUACUGAGGAGAGGAAGACCUAGAAAAACUAUGCGAGAAAUUAAACUACAAAGAAAGAUCUAGAAAUUAAUGAGUUAGAUAGAAAUAUGGUAUAUGAUAGAGCACUAUGUUUGAUCCAUGCUGCCAACCCAAUUAGUGGGAUAAAGCUUGGUUGUUGUUUUGUUGUUGACCAACGACGCACAAUUCAACUGUGUAUAUCGAAUCAAUUUUUCACAUUGAAAUGUGUGAGCUGUUUAAUCUUGAUUGGAUUAUCUGAGAUGUAUGACUGCAACAAAUAAGUGAUUUUCCAACUGCUGGGAAUUCAUAUUUGAACAUAUUAUUGGUAUUAUUGACAUUUAGGGAGUGUUAUUCAACUAGUUAGCAAGAAGUGAUAAAUUGUGGUGAUGCCUUUCUAAAAAUGGGAUCGAUCAAUAAGACUGGUGUAAGCAGUGCCAGAAUCAUCUUAAAGGACUAAAUUGUAUAGUUUCUUCUCAUCGUAUAAAUUUGUAUGAAAAUGUCUUCUAUAGCUGUAAAUUGAUUUUUAAAGAGAGCUAUAGGUUGUUGUUUUUUGGGUGAAAAGUAGUCUUGUUUCAAGAAGGAAGGACCUAUAGCUGCAAGCACUGUCAUACAUUAUAUUUGUACUGAUGAAUGCUUUGCACUGCUGAGUAAUUUAGCAAAGUUACAAUGCUUGUAUGUCGUUGCUCUAGCGAGAUAUAGUACAUGCAUCUUUGAUUUACCAAGAUCAUAAUUGCUAACUGGUGUGAACACUUAGGAAGUGUUGCGAAUUGCAGCUUAAUGUUCAAAAUCUGCUUAAGGUGUUGUAGCUGUUAUAGCCUUUAUUUGACCAGACUUUGCACUAUAUAGUGUACUAUGGAAUAGUAGCGAUUUGUUUAAAUUCUAUAGCUGCUAUUUGACAACAAUGUCUUCUAGUUAGAAAAUCUUGCAAGAAAUACAUUUGCCGCGGAUAUACAUUUUAGGCUGCUUGAUUAGUGGUUCACAUUGUAAGUUGCAACUGUCUAUUUUGAAUCGAUUUAUCUUCAUCAGACGGUCUGAGAUGUUUGACUGCGGCAAACAGGUGAUUUUCCAACUGCAGGAAAUUCAUAUUUGAACAUAUUGUUGGUAUGGCAGUCUCAGAAGUGUUAUUCAACUAGUUGUGUAUUUUCAGUCACAUAUGUUCAUCCAACAAGCUGUUGGUUCGUCUUGAUACUGUUAAGACCACUUUCAACUUGCAAUGGAUCUUUCAUGUGUUCGUUAUAAAACAUACUCACUCCAAUCUUGAUUAUAAACAAAAAUAAUAAAUUUCAAACUCAAUAUGAUAUAGUAAAGUGUUUGUACCAAAAAGACACAGUUAAGUGCAAUUCUUUUAACUU